AUGCACGAGAAAUACGGACCUAUCGUGCGCAUCAACCCCGAUGAGCUACACAUCGACGAUCCUGACUUCUUCGACACGCUGUAUCCGACAAGCACACCAUAUGAUAAGCUCAAGCGGCUCGAGAACCGCUUCGGGAUCCCAAGCGCGACGUUCAUCACAGCCCGCCAUGAGCUACACAAGAUACGCCGCGCAGCCAUCAGCCCCUUCUUUGCCAAGUCCAAGGUGCGCGAGCAGACGGGCGAUAUUCAAGCACUGAUGAACACUAUCUCGCGUCGUCUCACAACCGAAUAUGCUGGUACCGGUCGUGUGCUCAAUCUUCAUGACGUCUGGCGCUGCUUCGCCGCCGAAAACAUCAUGGACCUCGUCUUCGGUUCGCCGUUGGACUUACAUCUGUCUGCAGAGUUUCGCGCUCCUUUCACGGGAGCCAUCACGCGGGUGACCAACUGGUCCCAUGCCACCCGCUACCUGCCAAUCCUGGGGGCGGCAACUGAUAGUCUGCCGUAUUGGCUUGCGAAACGGCUUUUUCCACCCUUUGAACCCAUCAUCGGGUACCGGGAGGAAAUGUCCCGACAAACCGCCACCGUCCGCGCUAGCCAUCAAGCCACCGGGGGCAAUGAGAAGCCGCGCCUAGGGCAGACCGGCCACGCAACUGUUUUCCAUGAGAUGCUAGCCUCCAGCCUCCCUAGUGAGACACUAGAACACAAGCGCGUGCAGCAUGAGGCCGAAUCACUUAUUGGUGCCGGGCUUGAGACCACUGCCUGGACGCUUGCUCUGGGCAGCUUCUACAUCUUGCACAAUCCCGAAGUCUACGCCAAGUUGCAAUCUGAGCUGACAAGCGCCUUACCAGACGCGACUCAGAUUCCUCCGUGGGCCACCUCGGAAACACUUCCCUACCUCACCGCGAUCGUCAAGGAGACUUUGAGAAUGGGCAUGGGUGUCAUCGAACGUUUAGUCCGCAUCAACCGUAACCCAGCAAACCCCUGGGUUUACAAUGGCACCGUCAUCCCGGCCAAUGUCGCCGUCAGCAUGGAUCAAUACCACAUGCUGAUGAAUGAGCGCGUCUUCCCAGAGCCGACCGCCUUCCGACCGGAACGCUGGCUUGGCGAACCCCUGGGACCAGAUGGUAUACACCCGCUCACCCACUACAUGACCGUCUUCGGCCGCGGCACGCGAAUGUGCCUCGGCCUGAACCUAGCGUACUCGGAGCUGCAUAUCGGGUUCGCCACACUGAUCCGAAGACAUAAGCUACGACUAGUUGAUACUUCUGUACGGGAUGUGGCAUUUUAUGCGGAGAACACAAUCUUAUCUCCAUGGCCUGGAACUCAGGGGAUUCGGGUGUUGGUGGAUAGCUAG